CAACAUAACGCUCACAAUUUAUCGUCGUGAGAACGCGUUCGUCCAUAACUAAAUAUCACUCUUAUCUACAACACAUUUUUAUCAGCUUAAUAUAGUACGUAUUGUACGCAAAUAUUGUUGUGAUAUUGGUUGUUCAAUUCUUUGCGUAAAUACGACGCGAUUUCAAUUUAACGUUUCUUUUUGAUGUCCAUUGAACGGCCGCGGUAACCGAACGAGGACCGAGCGCGUUCAAGACAAGUAGGCGUGAUCAGGUUUGUGAUUUUUCGACUGAUGAAGUGCAUUCAUUAACAGACAGUUGAAAUGAAGAACGAUCAGGAUGAAGAACUCAAACUCAGCAAAACUCAUUUUGAUGCAAUCAAACUAUUGGAAGAAGCGCUACAAAAAAUGGACGGAAUUAUAUCUUUAGAACCAUCAUCAAGUUCUAAAUAUUCCAGCAAUUCUAAUGUUCAAACAGUAUUAAACAAUUUUAUUCAACAAAAAAAUGAUGAUGAUCCUUCUUGCCAUUUAGAGUCAUUUAAACUUCAAGUUUCUGUGUUAAAUAAUCAAGUUGAUGUUCUUGUAAGAAAAUUAAAUUAUCUUGAGAAGUAUCUUUUACAACAAAGUGAGUUAAGACAAAAAGCUGAAAAUAAACUGCAAGAGGAACUAAUUUUAAAAUCAAAACUAGAAACUGAAAAACUGGAAAUAAUAGCAAUUUUGACAAAUUUAAAAUUAGUUAAUUUGAGAUUAACUAAGGAAAAUAUAGAACUUAAAGAAUUACUUAUAAAGAAUAAACAUAUACCCAAUCAACAAAACACAUCUUGUACACCAGAUGUGAUAGAUUCGCAAUUCCAUCGUACUAAAAAUCAUGGAUCACGCUUUUACUGCAGCUUGCCUCGACAUAUUGUUAAAAAAAAAAAUGAAAGCAUAAGCCUUAAUACUGAAGUAUUGAAUGAUAUUUCUGAAUCAUCUGUAAAUUUAACCAACAGAAGAUCACAAUUUGACAAAUGUUCAUCAGCUCCAAAUUUAGUUGAUUCAAAAAUUGAUUAUCAGAAUGAACAAAUAAUAAAUAAUAACUCCAGUAUUUUUUCAAGUACUAAAAUUUAUUCAUUUCAAAAUUCUAAUUUACCAAUUGUUGAGCGGAAUCGUCAACAAUUAUAUGAUUGGUUUUCUGAACAAGGCAUUGAUUAUAUUUUACAAGAAUCAAAAUUGUGGCCGAAUUCUGGAAAAGAACUGAUUUCUUCUUCUAUCAGCGAAAUUGAUGAAAAAUUUAAAUUUAAACAUUGGUUACAUAGAAAGAAACUAAUAUUAGCUAUUCAUUGUGAAAGAAAUCAGAAUAAAUUUUAUGAUGAAGAUAAAUAUUUAUCUAAAGCAAGAUAUUUAAAUACAGCUUGGGUCCUCCAAUGGUUAGACGAUAUUGGACUCCCACAGUAUAAAGAUACAUUUUCACAAGCAGCAAUUAAUGGCAUUACUUUACACAGACUGUCCAAAGAUGAUUUCCUUAUGUUGCAAAGUGGAAAUUCUGACUUACAUUUUUCUAGUCUUCGAUAUGGUAUCAAAGUUUUAAGGAAUAAUAAUUUUGAUCCUGAAUGUUUAAUUCGACGUUCCAGUAUUAAUAAAAAUGAUGAUGAUUGUGGUUUAUCAUUGUGGACUACUCAUAGAGUAAUGGAAUGGCUUUGCAGUGUUAAUUUGGCAGAAUAUGCUUCUAAUUUGCGAGGCUCUGGUGUUCAUGGUGGGUUGAUUGUGUAUGAUGACCGCUUUACAUCUGAUCUUCUAGCUGAUAUUUUAUUCAUCCAACAAAGCAAAACUUUAUUGAGGCGUCAUUUGAGUAUACAAUUCAACCAGUUGAUAGGAACAGAUUUAAAUCAAAAAAAGAGAGAUGCUCAGUCUAAAUCAAAGUAUAGACCUUUGACAAUAUCAUCAAAAGUCAAAAUACAAAAAAAAUCACAAUUUUCAUUGAAGCGGAAAAAAAAUCAUAGUGAAUUGGCUAUUGGUGAUUUAAUUUGUCCUAUUGAUGAUUAAGACUAUCAGUUUUUUUUUAUACAUAUAUAUAUAGUUAAACCAAAGUUAAAUGCUUUUAGUACACAACAAAAAAGACUUAUUGCUUAUUAUUUAUUAUUAAAUUAA